UUCAACAUACAAUUUAAUAUACAACGUAUACAACGAUUUUUUUUAAAUAUAUUCUAACAUUUCAUAUUAUUCAAACACAUGAUAUUUUGAACACCUAGCAAAUGUCGCCCACCAUCACAUCUCACUUGUAUAUGUAUUGCAUAUACAUACAUUAUAUUUCGCAUUUAUUUUUCAGUGUACGACACAUACUGAAUGUGACAAGGGAAAUCGACAAUUUCUUCCCUGGCUCGUUCAACUAUCUCAACGUUAGGGUGUACGACGAUGAUAAGACUGAUCUAUUAAAGCACUGGGAUAACACCUAUAAAUACAUCACAAAAGCCGAACAAGAAGGCUCUAAAGUCUUGGUACAUUGCAAGAUGGGCGUCAGUCGGUCUGCGAGCGUCGUAAUAGCGUACGCUAUGAAGGCUUACAACUGGUCUUUCAAAAAAGCACUAGACCACGUUCAGUCUAAACGCACCUGCAUUAAACCCAACAAACAUUUCAUCCUACAGCUAGAAACUUAUCAAGGAAUAUUGGCCGCGAUGAAAAACCGCGAGAAAUUGCAGCGCUCCAAAUCCGAGACAAACUUGGUGGCCACGUCAGGCCUCAUCACUCCUCCUAAUUCGCCGAAAAAGGCUCUGGACACCCCGAGGUCACAGAGUGAAGGUGACAAAGACGCUACGCCACCGGAUCGGUUAGACAAAGAAAACGAACCCGUCGUGCCUAGUCCGCCAACACGAUUGAUGCCGCCAAAGUUAUUAGAUAUCAGUGGAUACGAUUUGAUGAAAUGCGGCGGCAGACCAAAGUCAUGGUCACCAGAAAAUAAUUUUGCCACUGACAUUUUAACCAGCUCUACGUUAUUGUCGCAAUCGUUGGAGAAAAUUAACACGGAUAAAAUUGCUGUAGAAGUGGAAGUAGAAGUUCCGAAUAUUCCACCUGCACCACCGUUGCCUCCAUUCGAAGCCCAUAAGUACAACGUCAGUGUGUUCAUGCCUUGCGGAAACGGCCUAAGAUCGUACAGCGUGUCGCAGAACAAAAUCGUUCAGUUACAACCAGCUACACCACCAGCCCCCAGACCAUCGUCGGUUAAGCUGCGAGUCAACGAACUGGAAUCUAGCGGCAUCGUCGGCAGUUGCAGCGGUAGCGUCACUAGCAAUAGCGCCGGUGGUUGCACGUCUAGUCCGGACCGCAAAUCGACGACGGACCCGGGCCGGAAUCUGGUGCUGAAUCUCACCACCCAGUUUGAGGGCGUGGUGGCCUCGUCGAGCGCGGCCAAUUCGCCUUCCGACGACAACGUUCUAGUCAACAAACCCUUGUCCGCCGAAUCGCCGAAGUUUAGCCGGAUAGCCGUCCACAGACCUCCCUCGAUCGCUGUUUGCACCCCACAGAAACGGGACGGUGGUGAUCUGUUUUCGUCCCGACUGGACAGGGUGUUUGAACGUGAGGAGCGCAAACAGUGUCGCGAACCAUUCGACCAUCAAACGGCGGCGGUGGCUGUAAGCGCUGGUGACGUGUCCCGACAAAACUCGUGGAGCUCCUACGACAGUGCCGUCGUGUUGCGUGACGUCAUAUCCAGACACAGUUCUUGGGGCUCUUGCGACACACGUACCUUGCCGUCCAGGAACAGUUCGUGGGGCUCGUACGACGUCCGGCCGACCAUGCAGUACGUCAGCGAACGCGGCGAAAGGCCGUCCGUAAUCUCCACUGCCGCCGCAGACGUCGCUAAAACGGCCGCGGACGAACCUUGUUACCGGCCGGCCAAGAGGCCAAAGCAAAAGGACCAGCAAAAACUGCUGCAGCCCAAUUGCUAUUCGAGCUCGCCGACACUGGGCCUGCAAGGAGCUUCGCACAAGCUAGCCAACCGGGCGACUGCGUCUCAGCCGAACAUAUCUGGUCUUGGCAACACCCCCGUCACCGCUGCGUGCAACAACAAGCACAGCAGUCUGGUAAGGAGUUUGAAAGAAGAGUUUGAGGCCAAGGCGGGCGACGCCGUAGAAAAACCGUCGAGGAAGAACAGCGGUGGCGGAGGCGGUGGGAGUUCGACCGAGGACGACGGCACCGGCACUGAACACGUCAAGAGCCUGCCCACAUCUCCGGUCAGCGAACACCCAAAGGUCACACAACGGCCCAGCCCGGCCGCGUCCAUGGAGGACAUAUCGGUCAGGAAACUUGUGGGCAAGUACGAAAACGGCAGGGCCCGUUCCAAGACGUUCGUGCAGGACAGUGGUUGUCCGCGCAAUCCGCUCUACCAGCAGCCGCCGGUGCCGCCGCGAGUGUCCAGCCUGGACGUGUCCGCGAUCAGGCCACGAAAGUUCGAGUGCAAUCCCGUCGUCAAAACUGUUGUGUUGCCCAUACAACAGAGCGACAUCCGCGCAUCCGUCAACCGGGCCGCCAACAACAAAUUACAACAGGGCAAAUCGCAUCCGCUGACAAAAUUGUCGUUCAAACAGCUGAAAGUGAACAGUACUGUUUACAACAGCAUGUAAAGGGUACAAACAGAUCGGCGGAUAACCGUAAAAUGCAUAACGCGUCUGAGUCGUAAUAUUAUUAUUAUAACGUACUAUAUGCGUGUUGACUCUUAAUGAAUGUGUUUUUUUUUUUGUUUUUUAUUUUGUACUUUUGAAUUCUGUUACGUUAUAAUUCUGUUUUUACUUUGACAAUUCAUCUGUGUAACGUUUUAUUUUUCAUUUUUUUUUUUCUAUCCGUUUACUGCAGUAUAAUAUAAUAGUGAACACUUCUCGUCGUCUCUCCUCCCACCCACUCCCACCCCACCCCACCCCCUUCGACUUUUGUUUUUGUUUUCUAGUCUAUAACGCGCAAAACUACCGUAUCAACUGUGUACAUAAUAAUAUAUAAUGUUAUACAAUUAUUAUAAUACGAGAAUUUACCCAUACCUAUCAUUAUUACAGGAAUCUCUACGCCACCGCUUUACUCUAAGACAGACUAUUUAAAAAAAAAACUAAUGAAAUUAUUGUAUUUCAAGUAUAAUUUUAACAUAAGGAUCGAUUGUUGUAAAACAAUAUGUUUUCGUGUAUUGUACAUAGGUGCGCUCUCUCGUAUAAUAAUAUAUGAUAACUAUCUGCCGCGUGUUUCAAAGUUUUUCAAAAAAAAAAAAAAA